CUAGCCAGGCUGGAAAAGCAUCAUGUCUUGGAGACAACAGCAACUCCUGGCCCAGUUGGCAAAAUGGCAGAUCACACACACUUCCUUGAUCCAUGAAUUCACAGUCAUCAUUCACCAAGUUCCAUUCCCUUGAGUGCUACAUGGAAUGCAUCUUCUUGUCUGUUGUUAAACUAUGAUGACAUGUCUGUAGCUAUCAGAAAGAGGAGCUGGGAAGAGCAUGUGACACAGCAGACUGAACAGCCUUUUAAUUCUGAUGAGUAUGACAUAGCAUGUCAUCACGGACUUGUAUCCGACAGCUUGCAGGCAAGUAUGGAAAAAGAUGAAACCUUAAAUGUGGACCAUAAAGAGAAGUGUGCCUCUCUGCCAGACUGCUGUUGUGGGUCGGAGACCAGAGACUUUCCUGGGAGGCCAAUGGGUCACAUUUCACAGGAGGUAGAUGAGAGUGACAGCCAGGAAGGGGAAGAGCAGUUUCUAUCACUAGAGGCCAGCACAGAGACACUAGUGCAUAUUUCUGAUGAGGAUGCUGACGCUGAUCUCCACCUUAUUGAUGACUCACAGAUUUUAACUCCCCAAAGACAUGAAAGAGACAGCAAAGGUGGUGUCGAGGGAGCAGGCUUCUUCAUGAAGACACUGUCCACCGUGCAGACUAACCAAGAUUCUCAUAACUCCUGGAGGAUGGCUGGUGAAGCUGCUGUGUCUCCAGCAGAGGAAACUGAGGAAAGAGAAGAUGUCGAUGCUAUAAGUAAAAGCCUGGAGCUCCGUAAGAAUAUAAGCUCGAGUGAAACAAAAGAUGGGCCCAAAGUAAACACAUUUGGUUCUUUGGAUGUGAAAGAUACUGCACCAGACACACAACUGCUUAAUUCUGCAACGAUCGCUCAGCAACGAAGGAAACCUGACUUCCCUAAAGAGGAACAGGGAAAAAAUCAGCACCGUGUAGUGGAAGAAGACUUCUUGGCUGCUCCUUAUGCAGACAGAGGACUGCCAUUAUUAAAAGCAGAUUGCGGAAGCUGCCUUCUGCAGCCUCCUUCCUGCCCUGGUGGAAUGUCAGCAGAAAAUGACCUGGAGAAGGGUGGGUUCUCAGAACAUCAAAACAGAAGCCCUCUCAAGGUCAGCACAGAAGAUGGCAUGCAGUGUUUACACGUAAGGGGCCCAGUGACCACCCAGGAGACUGUAGACAAUCAAGUCAGACUACGCAAGAGAAAGGAAACACGGGAAGAUCGAGACAGGACACGGCUGGACUCCAUGGUGCUACUAAUUAUGAAACUGGACCAACUAGACCAAGACAUAGAGAAUGCUCUCAGCACUGUCUCCUCUCCAUCCAGCACCCCAACAAACCUGCGGCGGCAUGUCCCUGAUCUGGAAUCAGGACCUGAAAGCGGGACAGAUAGUAGCUCAGUAAAUCACACACAGGUGAAUCUGUGCUCUAACAAUGAGUGCACUGAGCUCUCAUCCACUCCAGCAAGCAAUUCUGGAACCAAGCCCAAAGCCAUGGCUGUUCCGUGUACUGGAGAAAAGGAAACGGCUGAAAUUGAAGCCAAGGAAGCUUGUGAUUGGCUGAGGGUAACUGGUUUCCCCCAGUAUGCACAGCUUUAUGAAGAUCUCCUGUUUCCCAUUGAUAUUUCCCUGGUCAAGAGAGAACAUGAUUUCUUGGACAGAGAUGCCAUCGAAGCUCUCUGCAGGCGAUUAAAUACUUUAAACAAGUGUGCAGUGAUGAAGCUGGAGAUCAGUCCCAAUAGGAAGCGAAGUGAAGAUUCAGAUGAAGAUGAGCCUUGUGCGAUAAGCGGCAAGUGGACUUUCCAGAGGGACAGCAAACGGUGGUCCAGGCUGGAAGAGUUUGAUGUCUUUUGUCCGAAGCAGGAUCCGAUCCCUGGGUCCCCAGACGACUCUCACUUGCGGAGCUCCACGAGCCGCGAAAGCAUGCUGACAGACCUCAGCGAGCGCCAGGAGGUGUCGUCAGUUCGAAGCCUCAGCAGCACCAGCAGCAGCGUCCCCACCCACGUGCCCCAUGGCGGGGAGGCUGCGACACCCAGAACUAACUCCGUCCUCAGCGUCUGCUCCUCCGGCCACUUUGUGGGCAAUGAUGACUCUUUCUCCAGCCUACCUUCACCCAAGGAACUGUCCAGCUUCAGCUUCAGUAUGAAAGGCCACGAGAAAAACACCAAGUCUAAGACACGGAGCCUGCUGAAGAGGAUGGAGAGCUUGAAGCUCAAGGGCUCCCACCACAGCAAGCACAAGGCGCCUUCCAAGCUGGGCCUGAUCAUCAGCGCCCCCGUUCUGCAGGAGGGUAUGGACGAGGAGAAGCUGAAGCAGCUAAACUGCGUGGAGAUCUCGGCCCUCAAUGGCAACCACAUCAACGUGCCCAUGGUACGAAAAAGGAGCGUGUCCAACUCCACACAGACCAGCAGCAGCAGCAGCCAGUCGGAGACCAGCAGCGCUGUCAGCACACCCAGCCCUGUCACCAGGACACGGAGCCUCAGCACCUGUAACAAGCGGGUGGGCAUGUAUCUGGAGGGCUUCGACCCUUUCAGUCAACCUGCCUUUAAUAACGUGACAGAGCAGAACUACAAAAACCGCGAGAGCUACCCGGAGGACACCGUGUUCUACAUUCCGGAGGACCACAAGCCUGGCACCUUCCCUAAGGCCCUCUCCAACGGCAGUUUCUGUCCCUCGGGAAACGGUUCCGUGAACUGGAGGACUGGAAGCUUCCAUGGCCCCAGCCAUCUCAGCCUGCGGAGAGAAAACAGCAACGACAGUCCUAAGGAACUGAAGAGACGCAACUCCUCCAGUUCUUUGAGCAGCCGCCUAAGCAUCUAUGACAACGUGCCGGGCUCCAUGCUCUACUCCAGCUCGGGGGACUUGGCGGACCUGGAGAAUGAGGACAUCUUCCCUGAGCUGGAUGACAUUCUCUACCAUGUGAAGGGGAUGCAGAGGAUAGUGAACCAGUGGUCUGAAAAGUUUUCAGACGAGGGGGACUCGGACUCAGCCCUCGACUCUGUGUCCCCUUGCCCGUCAUCUCCAAAACAGAUACACCUGGACGUGGACCAUGACCGAAGGACACCCAGUGACUUGGAUAGCACAGGCAACUCCCUCAAUGAGCCUGAAGAGCCCACUGACAUUCCAGAAAGAAGGGACUCUGGGGUAGGGGCUUCCCUGACCAGGUGCAAUAGGCACAGACUGAGGUGGCACAGUUUUCAGAGCUCUCACCGGCCAAGCCUGAACUCUGUGUCUCUGCAGAUUAACUGUCAGUCUGUGGCCCAGAUGAACCUGCUGCAGAAAUACUCACUUCUGAAAUUGACAGCCCUGCUGGAAAAAUACACGCCUUCCAACAAGCAUGGCUUUAGCUGGGCUGUGCCCAAGUUCAUGAAGAGGAUAAAAGUUCCGGACUACAAGGACCGCAGUGUGUUCGGGGUCCCGCUGACCGUGAACGUGCAGCGCUCAGGACAGCCCUUGCCUCAGAGCAUCCAGCAGGCCAUGCGCUACCUCCGUAACCAUUGUCUGGACCAGGUUGGGCUCUUCAGGAAGUCGGGUGUCAAAUCCCGUAUUCAGGCUCUCCGCCAGAUGAAUGAGAGUGCCGAAGAUUAUGUCAACUACGAGGGCCAGUCUGCUUAUGAUGUGGCGGACAUGCUAAAGCAGUAUUUUCGAGAUCUUCCUGAGCCCCUCAUGACGAACAAACUCUCCGAAACCUUCCUACAGAUCUACCAAUAUGUGCCCAAGGACCAGCGCCUCCAAGCCAUCAAGGCAGCCGUUAUGCUCCUGCCUGACGAGAACCGGGAGGUUCUCCAGACGCUUCUCUACUUCUUGAGCGAUGUCACGGCGGCUGUGAAAGAAAACCAGAUGACUCCCACCAACCUGGCCGUGUGCUUAGCUCCUUCUCUCUUCCACCUCAACACCCUGAAGAGGGAGAAUUCUUCUCCGAGGGUGAUGCAAAGGAAACAGAGUUUGGGCAAACCAGACCAGAAAGAUCUGAAUGAAAACCUAGCUGCCACUCAAGGGCUGGCCCACAUGAUUGCUGAGUGCAAGAAGCUCUUCCAGGUUCCUGAGGAAAUGAGCCGAUGUCGCAACUCUUACACGGAGCAGGAGCUGAAGCCCCUUACACUGGAGGCCUUGGGACACCUGGGUAAUGAUCACCCUGCUGACUACAGACACUUCCUCCAGGACUGUGUGGACAGCUUGUUUAAGGAGGUCAAAGAGAAGUUCAAAGGCUGGGUCAGCUACCCUACGUCCGAGCAGGCUGAACUGUCCUACAAGAAGGUCAGUGAAGGCCCACCCCUGAGGCUUUGGAGGUCAACCAUUGAAGUGCCUGCUGCACCUGAGGAGAUCUUAAAGCGCCUUCUAAAGGAGCAGCACCUCUGGGAUGUGGACCUGCUGGACUCUAAGGUGAUCGAAAUCCUGGACAGCCAGACUGAAAUCUACCAGUACGUCCAAAACAGCAUGGCGCCCCACCCUGCCCGGGACUACGUCGUGUUGAGGACCUGGAGGACUAACUUACCCAGGGGAGCCUGUGCCCUCUUACUCACGUCUGUGGAUCACGACCGGGCACCCGUGGUAGGCGUGAGAGUGAAUGUGCUCCUGUCCAGAUAUUUGAUUGAACCCUGCGGGUCAGGAAAAUCCAAGCUCACCUACAUGUGCAGAGCUGAUUUAAGGGGCCACAUGCCGGAGUGGUACACAAAAUCUUUUGGACAUUUGUGUGCAGCUGAAGUGGUAAAGAUCCGAGACUCCUUCAGUAAUCAGAACACUGAAACCAAGGACACCAAAUCUAGGUGAUCACUGACGCAUAGCACCUGAGUCCACUACCAGGGUGGAUGUUUCUAGAGCCUUGCCAGUCCUUGGAAGAGUCCAUCUGGGUCUGAUUGACUAUGGCAAUUUGACACGUUCUUAAAGCUGCUUCCUGUUUGUCUUAGGUCUGUGUUAUAGACCUUGACUGGAAUACAUAAGACUUGGUGGGGGGAGGGGUACUUGUACUAUUCAGAUUGCUUCUGAGAAGCAAGAACUCUUUCAGCGCAUAAUGGAAGAUGACAAAGAGACGUGAUUCUCCUGUGACGUCAGCGUAUGUGUACCUUGUCCUUUGUAGCAUGUUGGGGAAUGAUGUAUCCACUGGAAUAGUUGGUACUUGGGGACAGGUUUUUCUCACUGAGAUGAGCGGAGAACGGUUUGCACAGAGGAGUGUGAAUGUGUGUGUUGCUGGCUGAAUGGCACAGAUGAAGGGAUGGGAUGCAGUGUCUGGCACACUGAGAUGCUCCAGAAAGGAUGCUGAUAAACCAGGUUUAGCUCAACCUGGAAUAACUGACUACCCAGGGAUCCACCCAGAAGGGGAACCCAGCUCCUUCUCCGUUUCCCCCUAGGGUAUUAAGCUGUUUUUUUGGUAGUUUAUUUCGUUUCAUUUGUUUUUGUUUGUUUGUUUGUUUGUUUUUUCUCUUCUGCAAACCUUUGAUUUCCCAUAAACUGUAGUUUCCCCAUGACUGUAGAAAUUUAACCAAUAAGACCAGUUCAGAAAUAAGUGUCAGCUUCACUCCCUUGACUGGCUCCAGAGAAAGGCUUUUAUUUAAGUGAGAUGUAAAAGUUAAACACUGACUAAGCAGAAUAUGAAACCUUUU